GGCGGGUCGCGAGAAUCCCGGCGGUGUUACCCAAUAUAAUAGAAGAGAUGACGGCGAAAAAUCACAGUAGAAAUUUACCGAGUAGGCGAGCCAAAAUCUGUGUCACACGCAAAUCCCGAAAAAAGGAAAAAACAUUAAAGACCAACCAAGAAUUUCUAUCGAUCCAUCGGUUUAUGGAAUCAAGUGAACCAUAACGAGUCUCCGGAGUUAAUCGUGCGUAGAGCGUCAUGGACUUCAUCGCGAGUAUAAUCAAAAGGCCCAAGAGCAUCGCCACCACUGGCAUUACCACCACUCAGCCAGCGGCCAUGGAAGCAUCAGAAGUUCGGCAUCCUUCACCAAGGGAUAAUGGCAUUACCACUGGCAUUGCCACCACUCAACCAGCGGCAACGGAAGCAUCAGAAGAUAAACAUCCUUCACCAAGGGAUAAUGAAGGAGAUUCUCCUAUCUCCUUGCACCUGGGCACGCUUCUGGAGUCUGCCGCAGAAGAUCUACUGCAAUUGGAGGAGCAGCACUGCAUUCUCCUGAAGGAGCCCAAUUCAAUCCCACUGGCAGCCUCCGAAAACAGCAGUAGUAGAGAAACUAUCCAGCAACUCUUAAGCGAGAUAAACGUGAAUCUUAACCAAGUUAGUGCUAACGAAAUGGAGCACUUACAGGCUAUGAGUGGCGAGAUGAGUCCGCUGGCGGUGAAGCCCAGUCCCAAGCCAUCAAGCAUGGAACAACAGAAGGCUCUGGCCGCUGCUCUGGGCCAUCAGACGGUGGCAACAGGUUGCCUCAAGCUGGAUGUGGACGCGGUUCCAAAAUUCGGAGGGCUUCCCGAGUUCGAUGAGACGCAAAUACCAGAACUGGCUCCUUUAAGUGCCGAAAUGGAGGCUCAACUGAAGUCAAACCAUUCGGACUCGGAUGUUUUCGUGGAGUGCUUAUCGCUUCACAGUGAGCGGUACACGGGAGAUCGCUCUGAAUUGGAGGCAUAUUCAAGUGCCCUUAAUGAUGUGCUAGAGCAACAGUUGUCCAUGACCUCGGUCGCUACAAUGGAGAACGAAUUCGAAGAUCCUUUGGCUGUCAGCCAGCACAACAACGUCAGCUAUGAAGCUAUGGAUGUGGAUGAUAUCAACGAAACCAUGGAAAUGUUAAAAGAUGUGUUGUGUCCCGAAGACCAUGAGCUAUUACAACAGCAAAUGCUUAGCAAAACUCAGUCUAUCGCAGAGAUGAAUCUUAAGCAGGAUCAAGGGAAACAGGAGCAGGAGAGGAUAGAAGGGUUCUCCGUUGUGCAAAUACAGUUGGAUAAAGAACAGGAACUUAUAAGUCGAACUGAAGGAUCGCCCCCUGGAGAAUCAGGACAGUCUGAGCAGGCUAAUGAACCAUCCCAACGGACUGAAUUCGAUUGUUCAAGGGACCUAAAGAAACAAGAGUUUGAGAAGAGGGAAGAAAAUCAGGAGAAUGCAGCACAGGAAACACAGCAACAAAGUUCCGAAGAAGUAUUACAUAUACUGGACGUUCAAGAUCCUAUCCAUAACGCGCCGCGGCCGGAAUCAGAAAAUUCUCACGCGCCCCUGAAUUUUCAUGAGCUUCUAGAACGCCCAUCGGAAGAUGAUCGGGAUGAAGACCAGAUAACUUCAGUGUCAGUAGAAACAAUCAAGGGAUCUGAAAUGAAAGAAGCAGAAUUCUGCCUUGAACAAAAUGCGUCACCAGCUGUGGAGGCCACCGAGGAGAAAAUAACUGAGGAGGAGUUUGAGCCCAUGGAAGUGGAUGAGUCCAUGAAAGUGGAUGAUGCCUCGGUGAUAAGGUCACCUCGACAGAAUCAAUUGGAAUCGCAGGCACCUAUUUCAAAUACCACCUUAAACGUUUUCAAAGAAAAAGAAACGGAUUUAAUAAAACAGCCUUCUCAGAACCAUCAAUUGGAUCAGAACAUUGCAGAGCAAGAAGAUUCAUUGAAAUGCAUUAAUGUGGAGCCACCGCCAGCUCCGCUGUCACCCCCUAUACCGACGCCCCAAUCCAAAAUGGAGGAGCUGGCUCUUUCUCCGCCCAUACCCACUCAUCGUCCAAAAACCGCCGAAGAACUAGAAUUUCUGGCUUUGAGGGAGUUGCCUUUGCCUGAUGAGAUUCCAGAGUUGGAGAAAGUGGGAGUGAAGGAGCAACAGCAUCACCCCUCUACGGUUGUAGUAGUCACCCCCACACAAAAGCGUUCUAUGACGCCCUUGUCUUUGGAUCUUGGCGGUAGCACGGCAUGCAACUCGGAACCGACCUCGCCUAGUUUCCCCAUUAGAGGACCAGUGGAGAAACCGUCCCACUUCCCUCGCUCGCCUCAUGCUCCACCGGAGCUGGAAGAUAUGCCCUACUUGGAGGAGGCUGUGGUUGAACCGUCUUUGGAUCGCAAGCAAAGCGUUUUUGAAGCUGGAGUUAUCGCUAAAUCAGCAGUGGCUAUUGCGAUAACUCAACCGAGUCCGGAGAAGCAGGAACAUCUCAACAAAACCUUGCCCAUGAGCGAGCAUUCGCCCAUACUCUUAAAUGGUACCUUCGACAGCGGCAAGAUAAGGGAUACAAAAUUAGAGGCGGAUACAGCAGAUUUUGAGGGUUCCUCCACAUUUGCUGUAAGUCUUGAAUCGGUCGGGGAUCAUCAGCGACGAACUUUUUCGGUGAUUCAGUCCACUGCGGAAAAGGAGGAGGACAAAUCUCGCAGGACUUUCUGCAAGGAAAAUCCACGCCGUACCUUCUGCUUGGAUCAAAAUGCUUCUCCAGCGAUUGAGGCUACCGAGGAUAUAAUUGCUGGUGAUGCCAUGGAUGUGGAUGUCUCUAUGAAGAUGGAUGAGGUAACCGUGAUAAAGUCACCUCAGCAAAAUUAUAAGAAAUCCCAAGAACCAGUUUUAAAUUCGCCACCGAUUCCCACCUACCAAAAUCUCAAAAGAGCCGCCAUCCAUGAGGCGCAUUCUCCGGUCUCGCCGCCUGGAAAUGCUACCGUUGUCCUAGAGGAGCAAGCCCUGUCCGCCAAGGAGCAAGCCACUCUAAGUGCUAGCGAUGAAAAGGACGAUGUGUUUGUAGAGCACUUUGGUGCCAUAUCUCCUGUUUCGGAUGACAUGUUCAAGACCCCGCAGUAUACCAGCAGUGGCUUCAACAACCAAGCGAAGAUUAAGGCCAAUUCUGCUGGAGAAAUAGGAAAAACUGCUUCUGUAAUGAGCAGACAGAGGGGAGAAGCAGCUGGCGAGGAGGAGCCGGUCCUUGAUGCAGAGUUCCGGGAUGGCGCCAGCAACCAAAACUUAAUACUGAACUCAUCAGAUUUUGAUUAUUUGUACACGAAAGGCAGCAAUAAUGCCCCCAUCGACCGUAGUUCGUUGCUGCUGAAGUUCGAUCCUCUUCUUGGAGCUCCCGUGCCGGUUAAUCAUCUCAAUCAGCAGGAGCAGGCUCUUCUGAACAUUUUGGGAGCAAACCAGAACAGGAUCCUCAGUCCCACAUUGGAGGAGCACGAGACAAGUGGCGGCAACCAAUCAUUUGGAACAGUAUCCAGUGCCAAAGAUACCGCCAAGAAAUUGGACUUUAAGCCACCUGUGGAUAGGACAAAAAAGCAUGUUAAAAUGAGUGUGGACGUCAUUGAUAACGAUUGCAACAAGACCUUCGAUAAUUCAAGUGACCUGAACACGGAGGAUAAGACCAUAAACUACAACAAUAUGGAUGAGCUAGAGAAGAAAAUCAAAAAUGAAGUGACCCGGUCUGAAGACAUUGAGAAGAAGCUGAAGGAAGGAGAACAACGCGAAGAAGCGCUGAUUAAACGUAUAACAGAAAAAGACAAAAUAAAUGCAAAACUAAACGGUGUCAUCGAGGCCUAUGAGAAGGCCAUUGCGGAGCUGAUCAGUGAGAAGGAGCAGCAAGCGCAGCUCCACGAGAGGCAGUUACAGGAAGUGCAGGCAGACCGAGACGCCAAUUACCACCACUUAACGUCGCUGGAAACGACAUUCUCCGAUCUGCAUGUAAAAUACGAAAAGAGCAAAGAGAUGACCACGCAGCUCAAAAACAACGAGGAGUCUCUCCUGGCGGAGCGAAGGCAGAUGAUGGACAAUCUGCGGUUGCAGGAACAGCGCUACGACAAGAUGAAAAACCAUGCCAUGCAACAGUUGGAAAUUGCCAACAAAAAGCUGGACACCUACGCGAGGGAACAUGCGGACGAGUCGAAAAAACUGAAAGCUUUACUCAAGAAGGAGGAGAUCUCGCGGGUGUCGAUGACGGAGCAGCUGCAGCAGAAGUCGCGCGAGAACGCCGACCUGCUUAAGAUCUGCGAGGAGCUCAUCUACGGCAAGGGACAAGGUGGUAGUAGUUAAACUCAACCCGCGGAUUACCCGGAAUGUAUUUUAUGUUGCUGUAAAAUCGCACACACUCAUCACAACAUCUCUCAUCAGGCAUGUGGAGCCCAUCUCGCAGCAUGUCCGUAGAUCCGUAACUGCGCCUCCAUCAUCAUCUCCAUUUGUAUCAUGGUGUAAUAACUGCUCGGUAGCGUGCUCUUAAGUGAAUAAGAAAAUGCGAAUGCACAAUUGUAUCAUUUUGCCAACUACGUUAAUGUUGAAUUUCAAGAUAUACACCUAACGUUCCGACGAAUAUUAUACUUUUUCUAGAUUUUUAGUUGACCCGUAAACACUCACUCACACAAGUCACAGGCAGACCCAUUGCGUUCCAUUUGAGUUCCCUCGCCUUACGGGUCUGGUUGCCCGGCAUAUGUUACUAAUUCUCUAUCGUAUCGAAUCUGUCUACUGAUUUAUGUUCUUUGAUAUUACAUGGCGAUGAGUUGUGCCGGAAAACUGUAUUUCGUUUGUGGUUUAGCAAAUGGCCAGCGAAGCAAAUCAAUAAUGUGCAACGGCAGCUAAAUCAACAUACAAAUGGAAUUAUAAAGAACAGCGUUCGCUUCAGGCGAGCCUUUAUUUAAUGUUUAAGUUUAAACAUAGUUUAAUUUAAUUGAAAAUUUGUAAAAGUCGUACUAAGAAUAUCUCUAUUACAUACUAGUACUAAACCAAGAAGCGUAAAAAACGAAACGGAAACAUUUACAAUACACGCAAAAAAUUUAUUUAUGCAUAAAACUA